AUGGGCGAUCACACUUCAGUCAAAUUCUCCUCCCUCGCCGCUAUCAUCCAGGAAUUCAACGUCGACGGCCAGAACAUCGUCCAGGGAUUCACCAAGAAAGAAUACUACGAGAAAUACAACCUUCCCUGGUUUGGCGCCACCAUUGGGCGAUUCGCAAACCGAAUCAAGGGCGGUGUUAUCGAGAGCCUCAACGGGACAAAGUACCAGCUUGAGAAGAAUAAUGGAUCCAACGCGCUGCACGGCGGUAGUAAUGGAUGGGGUCGCGUAGAAUUCGAGGGUCCCACGGUCGUCAAGCGCGACGGUAAGGAUGCACUUCUCUAUACAUAUCUAAGCCCCCACAGGGACCAAGGAUACCCGGGUGCAGUGGAGCUGAAGGUCUUCUACACGGUUAGCGAGGAGGUGGAGGGUGGUUUGCCCAGAUCGAUGCUCAGUAUCGAGUAUGAAGCCGAGCUGGUGGGAGACGAGGUCGAAGAGACUGUUAUCAACGUGACGAACCACAGCUACUUCAACCUCGGCAAUACCGCCAGCGGCGCGGACGACGUAAUCGCCAAACUUGCAACACGAGACUACCUCCCCCUUGAAAGCGGCAUCCCCAUCGGGCCUAUCUCGCCGCAUGAAAUCGACGUCACGCAGCCAUUCGAAUUCGGGCCGGAAAAGGCUGUCUUUGAUGACUGUUUCGUCAUGCAGCGCGAUCUCACCGGGGUGCCCGUCGACACACGCAGCCAGCCACUGAAGCUCCUCGCCGAGUUCCACCACACCGGCACCAAGAUGAACCUGCAGGUCCAUAGCACGGAGCCAGCCUUCCAGUUCUACACGGGCGAGCACAUCAAUGUACCCGAGGUAGAUGGAAAUCCGAAACGCGGGCCGUUUGCCGGGUUCUGCAUUGAGCCUAGUCGAUUCGUGAAUGCGAUCAAUGAACCGGAUUGGCGGCACACGGUGUUGUUGAAGAAGGGGGAAAAGUAUGGCUGCAAGAUUCUGUAUAAGGCGUGGAGGGGGGCAGCGGCCUGA